CCGGCCCGGCGCCCGUUUCCCCCCAGGAAGCCGGACUCUAUGGGGCGGGACCCCGGGGGACACUGAGCGGAACCCGGCGCCGGCCGCGAACCCCCGCAGCUCGAGCCAGGGGCGCCCCGGGAGCGCCGAGCCCGCGGGCGCGCCGCCGCCCGCCCCGCAGCCAUGAGCGAGAUGGUCGUGUGCACCAGCCGGGCCAAGGUGAUGCUUUACGAUGACGGCAACAAGCAAUGGCUCCCCGCGGGCACGGGGCCCCAGGCCUUCAGCCGCGUGCAGAUCUACCACAACCCCACGGCCAAUUCCUUCCGGGUCGUGGGCCGCAAGAUGCAGCCGGACCAGCAGGUGGUCAUCAACUGUGCCAUCGUCCGGGGCAUCAAGUACAAUCAGGCCACCCCCAACUUCCACCAGUGGCGCGACGCCCGCCAGGUCUGGGGCCUCAACUUCGGCAGCAAGGAGGACGCGGCGCAGUUCGCCGCCGGCAUGGCCGAGGCCCUAGAGGCCUUGGAAGGAGGUGGGCCUCCGCCGCCCCCAGCACCUGCCGCGUGGGCCAGCCAGAACGGCCCCUCCCCGGAAGAGGUGGAGCAGCACAAAAGGCAGCAGCCGGAGCAGAUGGAGCGCCGCGUGUGCAACGCAGGAGGCCCGCCUGCUCCCCCAGCCGGGGGCCCACCCCCGCCUCCAGGACCGCCCCCUCCGCCGGGUCCCCCCCCACCCCCAGGGCUGCCCCCGGCAGGGGGGGGCCCACCCCCUGCACCCCCUCUCCCCACAGCCCAGGGCCCCAGUGGUGGGGGGACUGGAGCCCCCGGCCUGGCCGCAGCCAUUGCUGGAGCCAAACUCAGGAAAGUCAGCAAGCAAGAGGAAGUCUCAGGGGGGCCCCCGGGCCCCAAAGCUGAGAGUGGCCGGAGCACAGGCGGGGGGCUCAUGGAGGAGAUGAACGCCAUGUUGGCCCGGAGGAGGAAAGCCUCGCAGGUUGGCGAGAAGCCCCCCAAGGACGAAUCUGCCAGUGUGAGUGAGGGGGAAUCUGCCAGUGAGGAGCCAGAGGCCCGCGUCCCCGUCCACAGCGAAUCUGUGCGGAGGCCCUGGGAGAAGAACAGCACGACCUUGCCCAGGAUGAAGUCCUCGUCUUCGGUGGCCACCCCCGAGGCCCACCCCUCCCACCACAGCUCCGGUGACGACUCGGACCUGGAGCGGGUGAAACAGGAGCUGCUGGAGGAGGUGAGGAAGGAGCUGCGGAAGGUGAAAGAGGAGAUCAUCGAAGCCUUUGUCCAGGAGCUGAGGAAGCGGGGCUCCCCCUGACCGCAGGGGCCCAGGACGGCCCACUUCUUUCCGCACACCCCGCCUGUUACCCUGCUUCCCCGCCUCGACUCCACGUGGAAUUGGCUGAAGACUACACGGGAAUGCAUCUCCCCCUGCCCCCUCCCACUUGGAAGAUUCCAAGGGGGUGUGGCUUCCCUGCACCGUGCCCACACCCGUACUGGCUGCUGAUUGGCUGGGGAGGCCCCCACCCUUUGCUCCCUUUGGUCCUUCCCCUCUGCCAUCCCCUUGGGGCUGGUUCCUCUGCUGGGGAUGUACCAUUAACCCCACAGUAAGGGGGAAGGGAAGAGGGAAUUCACAUUCCCUUGUUUAGAUUCACUUUAACGCUUAAUGCCUUCGAAGUUUUGUUUUUUAAGAAGUAUAUAAAUAUAUAUAUAUUUGGGUUUUGGGGGGGGAAGGGUACUUUUUUUUGCCUCUUUGGUUUUGAUAACAUGGGGUGUGGGGGUUUUUAAUGCUGUGGCCCUCGGCGUGCCCUGGUUGGGGCAGCUGCCGGGGGACGUCCUGUCGGGCUGGGGGUGCCGCCCCCACCCCGGGGACUUCCCUCCCUCUGGCUCCUUCCCCUUUUCUAUGAGGAAUUAAGAUGCUGUAACUUUUUGGAACCUCAGUUUUUUGGUUUUGUAUUUGGGUAGGUGGGGCCCUGGCCAUUUUCACCCACCUUGGGAAGAUGAGGGCAAAACAGGGGGGAGGCGGCCUCUGCCCCCACCUCCCCCUCAGCCUCGUAAAAUGGGCCCCCGUGGAAUAAAUCUGCCGGUUUUUACAAA